AUGAACAAGAUCAAGGGCCGUGGCUCGAGCGAAACUCAGGAAACCAGCAAUUCCGGCAGCGGCGAACAGCGGUUCGGGAUCUUGCCCCAUCCUGCAAAGACCAACGAUCCCCGCGAUGUUGAGGGUCCGCAGCUCGGCGGUGGCCUGAACUCCAACCCCGAAGUCGGGGCAUUCCAUGCGCGCGACCCGCACGUUCCCAGUCAACAGAUUGCGAACAAUCUGGAGAAACCUUUGUCUCGCGAAGAGCUCCGUGCGCGUGCUGCAGAGCUUAACAAGUAA